AUGGGGUCUCACCUUUCGAAACAGCUGGAGCGUCGCAAAGCCAUCUCCACGGAGAAGAAAGUCCUCACUGAUCUCCAGAAAUCAUGCGGCUGCGAAUUCCCGGGGUGUGAUUACAUGCCUUCCGAUCGUAAAAACUGGAUGUCCGGCGUGGGACCCGAAAAGCUUCACAUGAACAAGAUCGUGUGGCCAGGGACACACGACUCCGCCACCAACAAAAUCGGAAUCCGAUUCGUAUCUCGUCCCUUCGCGCAGUGCCAGUCUCUCUCCAUCUACAACCAGCUCGUGGCCGGCGCUCGAGUCCUCGACAUCCGAGUCCAAGAGGAUCGCCGUGUCUGCCACGGAAUCCUCAAGACUUACAGCGUCGACGUUGUCUUCGCCGAUCUCAAACGUUUCCUAUCAGAAACAGAGUCCGAGGUUGUCAUCCUCGAGGUCAGAACAGAGUUUGGACACGAGGAUCCGCCGGAAUUCGACAAGUACAUCGUGGAACAGCUCGGAGAGCAUCUGAUACACCAGGACGAUCACGUGUUCGGCAAGACAGUCGCAGAGCUUCUCCCGAAGAGAGUGAUCUGCGUUUGGAAACCGAGGAAAUCGCCACAGCCAAAGCACGGCGAUCCGCUGUGGAGCGCCGGUUACCUGAAAGACAACUGGAUCGACACGGAUCUCCCUUCGACCAAAUUCGAGAGCAAUCUGAAGCAUCUGAGCCAGCAGCAGCCGGCUUCUUCUCGGAAAUACUUUUACCGGGUGGAGAACACGGUGACGCCGCAGCCUGAUAACCCGAUACUGUGUGUGAAACCGGUGACAAACCGGAUUCAUUGCUACGCCAAGGUUUUCAUAAUAGAGUGCGUAAAGAGAGGAUGCGCAGACAAACUGCAGAUCUUCUCAACGGAUUUCAUUGAUAAAGACUUUGUGGAUGCUUGCGUUGGCCUCACCUUUGCAAGAUCUCAAGGCAAGGCUUGA